UUGUUUUGCCAACUGGACAAAGUCUGUCAUUGUUGCAAAAUAAUGCAAUUUUCUUAUUGUUUACAUUCUUUCCCUCAAAACAUUUCUUUUGAAAAUCCUUACUAGUGAUAUGUGGCGUUAAGUUCUACCAUUCACAAUGUCGUGGCUAAAUCUGAACCAGAGUUUGAACAGUUUGAAAGGACAGAUCACCAAUUUCGCAUCUGAAGUGUUGUCUGAGGGUGUUGCGCAGGAUUUUGGCGACAGUUCUUCGAGGACAGACUUGUCUGCAAAGGAGUUAGAGGAAAAAUGUCACAAUCAAGAGCUCGAGAUUGCAGCACUGAAAAAGCUAAAUGACGAACUUCAGGCUUCACUACAAUCAGAGAGGCUCUCCAGAAAAAAUGGCGUCAAAGAAGAAGAAGCGAGCUGGUACUGGGAUCCACCAACUCAACCUGCGAAAGACGCCAACCAUUACGAACACCAAAUUGCAGCUCUUCAGAACGAAAUAUCCUCCUUAAAACAACGACAAAGCCAUGAUAUCCGAUCUGAAAGUCAUGAAGAAUUAGAUAGGCUUCGUGAAGAAAACAGAAAUCUAACAACCAACCUAGAAGAUCUAGACAAUCAACACCAAAUGGCUAUGGAACGGCUACUGACGCUAAAAAAGGAAUUGCAAAAGAAUUUCGAAGUCCUCAAACAAGAGCACGAGGAUUUAAAAAACAGGAAUGAUGAAUUUGCUAUGGAAAGGGAGUUAUUGCAAAACAAAAUCAAUGAAAAAGACAAAGAGUUACAUAAAGUGAAUGCUGAAAGAUCAGAUAUUGAAACCCUACAUCAUAAGUACUUGAAUCUUGAAAAAGUACAUUCUAUUUUAAGGGAAAAUGCUGAGAAAUUCCAAGAAGAAAAUCAAGAAUUACAUGAAGAAAUUUUCAAACUACAAGAGCAAGUAACUAAAUAUGAACAUGAACUGGAAGUUGCUACUAAACAUUGUGAAAUGUCUAACACGGUGCCUAGAGAGACGUACGAUGAACUUAUUAAAGAACUGAAUGAGUUAAAAGAUAGUAGGAACGCUAAUAGGGUUCAUAUGGAUGAAGUCAAUAUCGAUGAUAACGCUAAAAGCGUUAUUGAGAGUCUCAAACGUGAGAUACGUGAGUUAAAACUUGAAUUAGUCCAGAAAGAUAAUGCAGAGAAAAGUCAUAAUGAUAAUGACCACAGAUUUGUAAAAUCGGAGAUAAUAAUGCAACUAUAUAAUAAAUACGUCAACUUUGAAUUACCAAUUGAUUAUAUAGGAGAGAUGCCAUCUACAGAAGAUAAUAUUGUCAUAUUCAAAUUGGAAAGCGCUUUCAAAACCCUCAACUCAUUCAAGAAAGAUAUCGAUGUGUUAGAACACAAACUUUCAGAAAAAAAUCACAAUAUCAAUCACUUACAGACUCAAAUAGAUGAUUUGGCUGGUGAAAACGAUUUCCUCACAACGGAUCUCCAACAUUUUGAAUCUGAACUAAACGAAAUGAAGAAGAACAAUGACUUCCUAAUUUCGGAAAUCGCAACUUUGAAAAAUUCGUCCAAACUAGAACCAAUCAUAGAAACACAUGAGGAUAAUUUGGCGAAACUAGAAACUGAAUUGGACAACUGCAACAAAAUGAAUAAGAAUUUCGAAAGUGAAAUUAAAAGGAUAGAGAAAGAAUUGAAUGAAGUCAGAGUUGAGAAACUAGUUUUACAAGAAAGCUUAUCUGAUAUGCGACAUAAAUACAUAACUAUGUUGAAAGAAUUAGAAACGGUUAAAACUAAAACACACGAUUUUGAAGAAUUGGAGAAAGGCAGCCAAUCUGGUCAAAACGACAAAUUAAAGAAAGCAAUAGAUGAUAUUGAUGAUCUGAAGAAAAAGCUCAACGCAUCUAACGCUAAAAACGAACAGCUCUCCAUUGACAUACAUAUUAUAGAAAAUGAUAAAGUUUUAUUGACAAAAGAAGUAGAUGAUCUGAAACAUGCGCUAUCAGAAACUGUGUCUGCACACAAAGAGCUAGAAACAUUGAAAACAUCUCUUGAUAAUAAAUUAGAAGAUGUAGAAGUGAAAUUGGAUGAAGUCCUCAAACAUAAACAUGAUAUAGAACAUGAAAAGAUGAAAUUAGAAAAAAGGUUAAAAAUAUUUGAAAAUGAAAGCAAAACAAACGAUUCUGUUCAUACUGAAUUAGAAAAGGUCACAACUGAAAAAAAUGAACUAGCAGAAAAACUACAUUAUAUACUUAAAGAGAAUUCCACUCUAGCAGAAACAGUAGACAAACUUAAAAACGAACUGACUAACCUAAGGAAGAUUGUAGAUGAACUUAAAAAUGAAAACGAAACUUUGAAAACAAAUACAAAAUCUGAAUGCGCGAACACUGCAACAUUAAAUGAAACAAUUAAUGAGUUAAAAGCUAAAAUAAUACACCAAGAACUACUUACCAACGAAAUUACAACAUUGAAGGAUGUAAAUGAAAAACUCGUCGAAAAGAAAAUGUUGUUAGAAACAGAAUUGAUUGCCACAGACACCAAACUUGUUCAGAUGGAACAGGACGUUGAAAAACUAAUAUCUGAUCUGAAUGAAAAAGACACAUUAAUAGAUAAACUUAAUACAACAAUCACUGAAAAUAAUGAAUCAAUCGGUCAUUUGAAUCACACUGUGGGUGAUCUGAACAAAACAUUGGAAAUUAAAAACGAAGAAAUAAAAAGACUUACUAAAUCACUUCAUGAAACCAAUGAAAAGUUGAGUUAUACGUCUGUUAAAUCGGACAGAGGCUUCGAAGAGUUAGAACAGCUACACAGUGAAAAGGAAGAUCUGAGCAAACAGGUACUGGAUCUUAAUGAAGAAAUGAUUUCAAAGAACACUCAACUAUCUGUUCUCACAAAACUGUCCCAAGAAUUGGAAAAAACUUGUCAAGAAUAUAAAGUAACAAUAGACACUAAAGACAAACAGAUAAAAGAACUGAACCAAUCAAUUGUGGAACUAAAUGACAAAAUAAAAACCUCAGAGAAUACCACGAAACAUAAUGAUGAAUAUGCCCAUUUAGUUCAUGAGAAAGAAUCAUUAGAACAAGAGGUCUCUGCUCUGAAAAAUUACUUGACAACAAAAGAACACGAAUGGUCAGAAAUUAAGGUAAAAACCGAACAUUGGGAAAAGGCGUGCGAUGAGUACAAAGCGACUUUAGAAAUAGCUGCUAACGAGAAAUCGGAAUUAAUCAACUUGAUAAACCUCAAACACAAUGAAAGUAUACAGUACCAUAACGAAAUUCAGAGGCUAAACCAUGCGAUAUUGGAACAGACUAAUGAAUUUAAGAGGGUUAUUGAAGAAAAAGACUUGUUGAUACGAAACAAGUCGAGUAGUUGCUCCAAUUGUGAAAAUUUAAAGAUAACCCUGAGAGAAAAAGAUGAUAUUAUAAUAACCUUGAAUCAGAAUAUAGCGGACUAUGAAAUGUUGAAGUCUGAACUUGCGCGUGCGAAUGACACCAUCAAGAGUUUGACGGAACGGUGUGAGAACCUAGAUAAAAGUAUGGCCAUUCAGUUGGAAACUGUUAGAAAAUUGACGGCAGAAAAUGUACAGUUGUCGGAAUUAGAACAGAACUCCACCAAAGAGUUGGAGCGCUUACGUCACCACUUGGUGGAGAUGGAGGAGAACUACACGCAGGAGCUGAUGACGUCAGAGCAGAAGCUGACGGAGUGCCAGACCAGGCUGCACCAGGUCGAAGAGAGAGCCAAACAGAAUAGCACUGUUUAUACUAGCAACAGCAUCCGAGCGAACCAAGAAGUGGAGACGCUGCGCAACCAACUGAAGCUGCUGGAGAAGCAGCGUGAUGAGGUGCAGGGCAGGCUGAGUGAGGCGGAGGACGCGAGGAGCCGUAGCGAGGCGGCCCUCACCAACCUGCAGGUUGUGCUCGAACAAUUCACGCUUGACAAAGAACGCGAGAUCCACGCAGCCACAGAGAAAAUACGAAACAAACUAGACGACGUUAAAAAGCACAACUUGACACUUCAAGACGAAGUCACUAGACUCAACGCGAAGUUGGAAGAGGCAAUGAACGGUCUUCAGGCAGCCUCUAGGUUGGGUGACCAGGUGGAGACUAAGACGGCUCAAAUUAACGACUUGAAAGAGCAAGUGCGCACCCUGCAAGUGUCAGUGGCCGCGGCCGAGGAGCGCUAUUACAACGCGACGUCCAACCAACAGGACAAGGUGGACAAAAACCUGGUCAAGAAUCUCGUCAUCAACUACGUCAUGACGGCUGCGCAGAACAGCUCUAACAAACUACAAGUUCUGCGCAUCCUAUCAACAGUCUUGGACUUCAACCAGCAGGAGUGCGAGCGGCUUGGUUUGUCUCGGUCGGCCACCACACCAGACAGCUUGGCAGCUGAGUUCGUCAAGUUUCUACAAAACGAGUCCAAGCCGCGAGCACCACUUCCCAACAUGAUGGGGCUGGCGCAGGGGGCCAGUAGAAGCACCACGCCUGUGUCCAGGAAGAGUUCCACCAUCGGUCCGCAACCAACCCCGGAACCAGGUCACACGCGCAACCCGUCAACCGGUUCCAACAACCUGCUGUUCCAAAACAUAGACGCUUUAGAAACCUCUUCACAAAUAUCCAUAGAAUCUGAUAGUACGCGACGGGGGGCGCUAGAUACGGGUGUGACGCAACCUAGGGACACAGAAGGGGCUAUAUUAAAACAUGUUUUGAGAGAUAUGUGAUUGUUACUCUGUAUAAACGCUGUGAAUAGGUCCCAGGUUGCAGAAGAUCGGGUUGGUUUGCAACCAGGUUGCAUGGCGAACGGAAACGGAAUUUUGGAUUUGUGAAUUCUCCUUUUUUAUGAAUAACCUAAAUACUUUUCAUUUGGUUACUUUAGGGUUGUCAAACCAAAUCUUAUAAAAAGUAGAUAGGGGUAAUAACGGUACUGAGUAGUUAAUGAAAAGUAAGUAAAUGGUAAAAGAACAUUCUAAAGUGAUUUUAUAUUGGAACGAAACCCCUGGAUAAUGUGGAGUUAUAAGUGUCUAAAAGAAUCAUAAAUAUCAUUUGAUUUCUUGUAGAAAAGUGUUAGAAAACAGUUUUAAACUACUAAUAAGAAGCAAGAGUAAAAUAAUUUUCAUUAUUGAUUGAAGUUGUGUAUAUUACGCGCAUAAAACUCCUCUUUUACGUCAUUUGUAAUAAUAAACUGAAUUGCAACUGUAGUAUUAUAAUUUUACAAUCAGUAAAUGAAUGUUACAAUUAUUACAAUUACAAAAUGAAUUGUCCGAUUAUUAAAUUCAAAUUCAUAAAUAAAUAAAUUUUAUGAUAAAUAAUUUAGAGAUUUUACAAUUCGUUUUGUGAACUAGCGGCUUUAUUUUAGCAUUUAAUUUUAGUUUUAAUUGUAUAAACGUAUGUUCAAAUAUUGUAGCGGAUUAGUCUACGAUUAGUAUUAUUUUGGUGCCUUAUAGAUUGUUUUAUAGCAGUAAUUUUUUUUAUUUCUAUAAAUUUUUGUUUUAUAAAAGAAAAUAUGAUUUGGUUUUUAUUAUCAUCUGUGCUAGAGUUUUAUGUUGUAAAUUUUUAGUGUGCUAUUUAUCUUAAAAUGUUUCAUAUAAUUUCAAAAGAUGGUUUAUAUUGGUGGUGGAGUGUGCUCCGGUUGAUUGAGCUGUUUAUGUUAUUGUUUAUAUAAUUAUAAUAUUAAUAUAUGUAUUAUUAUAAAUAUCAUUAUAAUAUAAUAAUAUAGUAUUUAUACAUAUACUGAAAUUAUGUAGUCAUAGACUGUUAUUAAAUGUUUAGGAUCGAAAUCUGAAGUUUUAAAACCUUUCUUUUAUCGUAAAAAUAUAUUAAUUAAUUAUUAUUUUUAUGGAAAUUAGGUUUUCAUUUUAUAAAAUUACUCAAAAAAUAUUUGCUAUUUAGUAAUAAAAUAGUUUUAAUUACCUCAUUGUAAUAUAGAUAUUUCGACUUUGUAAAUUUUGUAAUAAUAAUCUAAAUUCAUUUCGCCUGUAUUUUGUUCAAAUAAUUCUGAAAUUAUUAUUAUUGAUUUUUAGUUAUAUUGAAUUGUAAAUUUAAUUUGUGAAUAUUGUUAAUAUUAAUAUAAC